UUUAUGCAAUCCGACGCAGUGUUGCAAGUGGGCUGAUUCCAGUUGUCGUUUUAUGUUACCGUGGUGUCAUGAAAUGAUAUGAUCCCCAGAACUGCAUAGCCUGUGUUUUCUCUACAAUGAUGCUGAAUGUUAGGCCUAGUGUAGAACAUCAUUUAACCUAACGUGGGCGAGUUGUCAUCGGGGGAUGACAAAUGGUCGAGGCGAUGCUCUAAAAGGGGACCUUGGCUGGAAUACGGGCCUGUAAUAACUGGGGAAACCCAUCUGAAACUGAGUGACCAUGUCGAAAGCAGCCACAAACAAGGAGAAGAAAUCCUUCAGCAAAAAGCUCUUCCGGAGGAGCUCGGUCCGCUCCGUGGGGAGCUUUAUGAACAGAGUUCUCCGGACUCUGUCGACUCUGUCUCAUUUCGGCACAGAGGAGCAGGCCGCUGAUGAUGAGAAGGACGACGCAACUUUGAUCCCGACCACCACGGGGGGCUCAGUACCCUCCGACGACAGCGACUGCGGGGGGUUCCUCUUCGGGGACAAGGUGCCAGGGGUGGCCGGGCUCAAGAACCACGGCAACACCUGCUUCAUGAACGCCAUCCUGCAGUGCCUGAGCAACACCGAGCUCUUCGCCGAGUACCUGGCUCUGGAGCAGUUCCGCGGAGGAGAGACGGCCAACAACGACAAGGCCAAGUCCAACGGGGUGCUGGUGCAGAAGAAAAGCCAGCAGCAGGCAGGGGAAGUGACCGAGCAGCUCUCCGGUCUGGUUAGGGCGCUGUGGACUUUCGAGUACACCCCUCAGCACAGUCGAGAGUUCAAGAACGUGGUGUCGAAGAGCGCCCUUCAGUUCAGAGGCAAUGCCCAGCAUGACGCCCAGGAAUUCCUCCUGUGGCUGCUGGAUAGAGUCCAUGAGGACCUCAACAACAUUGUCCACCCUGAGAGCAGACCCCCUAGGAAGCCGCCGUUGGAAGAAGAAAACGUCCGUGAAGGAUCUCCAGUACCAGCACCUGGCUCUUUUGUACAGGAACUGUUUCAGGCACAAUACAGGUCCUCCCUGACUUGCCCUCACUGCCAGAAACAGAGCAACACCUUUGAUCCUUUCCUCUGCAUCUCACUGCCCAUCCCAGUACCUCACACACGGCCCCUGUAUGUGACGGUGGUCUACCAAGGAAAGUGCUCCCACUGUAUGAGAGUUGGGGUGGCAGUGCCUCUCUCGGGCACUGUGUCCAGACUGAGACAAGCUGUGGCCCAGGAGACCAAAAUCCCUGCUCAGCAGAUUGUUCUUACUGAAAUGUACUACGACGGUUUUCACCGCUCCUUCUGUGACGACGAUGAUGACCUUGAGAUCAUUCAAGAGAGUGACUCCAUCUUUGCCUUUGAAACACCUGAACUGUUCAGACCAGAGCAGAUCCGCUCACAGCGAGGAGUUUCAGGGAGCUCCCAUGCCAAUCUGAACCAGAACAACUUAAAGUAUGGGACGGAUAAUAAUAGGAUAUCUACACAAAUACAAGAGCCAGCAAGCCCACCUCAAAGUCCUAAUAAGAAUUCUGGCCAGGCUGAGAAGAUCGUCCUCUUGGUGUGCAACCGAGCCUGCGCUGGACAGCAAGGACGCAGGUUUGGCAACCCAUUUGUGCUGUAUUUGGAGCGUACAGUGACGUGGGAUGUGCUUCAGAAAGAGAUCUUAGAGAAGAUGCGGCAUCUUUUACGCCCAGGAGUCUUUGUGCAGGUGGGGCCCUUCAGUUUGCGUGUGGUAGGAGUGGUUGGUAUCACAUAUCUCUUGCCUCAAGAGGAGCAGCCACUGUGCCAUCCCUCUGUGGAGAGGGCAUACAAGUCUUGCGGUCCUGGGGGGCCACCACAUGUCAAAAUUGUUGUUGAAUGGGACAAAGAGACGAAAGACUAUCUGUUCAAACGGACAGAGGAUGAGUACAUUCCAGAUGCUGAAAGUGUGCGUCAAGUGAAGGAGCAGCACCUGCAACCUCAGACCUGUUCGCUAGCCCAGUGUUUUCAGCUGUACACCAAAGAGGAACAGCUUGCUCCAGAUGAUGCAUGGCGAUGUCCACAUUGUAAGCAGCUACAACAGGGCAGCAUCAAGCUCAGUCUCUGGACCCUGCCAGACAUCCUCAUACUUCACCUCAAACGCUUUAGACAGGAUGGGGAUCGACGGAUGAAGAUGCAAAACAUGGUGAAGUUUCCACUGAUAGGCAUGGACAUGGCACCCCACAUGGUCAAGAGAAGCCAAAGCAGCUGGAGUCUACCUUCCCACUGGUCACCAUGGAGACGGCCAUAUGGGAUGGGCCGUGAUCCUGAGGACUACCUUUAUGACCUGUAUGCUGUGUGUAACCACCAUGGGACCAUGCAGGGAGGACAUUACACAGCUCACUGUAAGAACUCCAUCGAUGGGCAGUGGUAUUGCUUUGAUGAUAGCGAUGUUCAAGCCAUAUCUGAUGAUGAAGUCUGCAAGCAGACUGCCUACAUCCUGUUUUAUCAAAGACGUGCCACGAUUCCGUCUUGGUCAGCUAAUAGUUCUGUGGGAGGAUCCACCAGCUCUUCCCUGUGUGAGCACUGGAUUAGUCGGCUGAUGGGCAGCCGACCACCAAGCCAAGCCUCAUCUGGCUCCUCCAGACGCACCUCAUUAGCCUCCCUCUCUGAGUCAGCUGAAUUUGCCGGUGAACGGAGUGAAGAUGAUGGCCUUUCCACUCGAUCAGCAGUGAGAAGCAUGCAGAGACAGACAUUCUCCUCAAGGUCCUCCAUGGCCAGUCCUCUAGCACUCAGUGAAAAUGGCACGAAACCAUCCUGGUCCCUUUCUGCUAAGCUCCAACUCCGUUCCAACUCUCCCUCUCGAUUUUCCUUGGACUCCCACUCAUCCUCCCCAACACUGGAGAGGAUAGGAGAGGCGGCUGAUGACAAGGUAUCAACAUCCUGUUUCAGUGGGUCAGCUAAGCCAGACAAACUAUCUGGGGGCAAGUCAUCCCUUGCAGCAGUAGAUAGUACUGCAAGUGGUAAAAGGCUGGUGGAGCAGGUUCACUCUAAAGCCACAGUACAGGCAGAGCAGAGGAGUUCCAUCCAGGCCGGUGAUAAUAAUAACGUAGCCGCUACUGUUGAGCAUGCCAGCCCUGGACAUGGGGCAACUGCAAAGGAGCCUAAACAGAGGAGUGUGUGUGCAGAAAAUGUUAAUGUCAAAAGGACCUCAACCAAGACUGCCUUGGAGUCUGAAAGGAGUCCUAAGAAGCGUCCUGCCACCUCCUCAACAUCCUCCAGCUCUCCAUCUCAUGCAUCCCCUGCAGCUGAUAAGUCACCAUCUCGCACACAGGCCAAGAGUGCUGCAUCAGCAUCUAACCCCAAAGACAAAAGUGAUGGACCUCCUAAAACUAGUAAAGUUGGCUCCUCUAAAACAGCCACCCCUUCCAGAAAAGGGUCGUCCCAAACCCAGGAAACUUUACAUCCUGAGUCUGCCCAACAACGGAAGAGUGGUUCUCCAGGAUCGCAAAGCUCACAUCCUCAAAGGAGGACAUCACCCAGAGGUGGGGGUGAAAAGAGCUCAGCCUCUGGCAGGACUAGAGCAGCAGACAGGAGCACCAGCCGGGAAUCCUCACGGGCCAGCGUGGCCUCAGAAAGAAAGGCUAACCAUGGAGGACCCUCUUCCAGAUCAAGUGGUGCUUCAUCUCGGGCUGGAGAAAGUAGCAGAGCAGAGGGCAGGCUGGGCCGGGCUGUGGAAAACAGAGCAGGAGGCCGAAGCUCAAGCAGCAGUUCCUCCAUGACUAGUCUUCGGUCCUCAAGUGUUGGUGUUACCUCUGUAACUACAAAUGCAACAUCAAGGGCAGCUCAAAGGAACGGUAAGACAGAGGACAAAGGUUUGUCCUUCUUCAAGACUGCCUUGAGGCAAAAAGAGACCCGUAAAUCAAGUGAUGGUGGGAAAGCAGGGGCAGUAGAGGCUAAAGGAAGCCCAGAGGAUGGUGGUGGAGAUGCACCUCGUGAAAUAAUAGCAGAUGGAAUAGGCAAGAAGGCCCAGAAUGUGGCUUCAGAGGCUCAGAGUAAUGUGGCCCCAGCCAAAGACAAGGAAUCCUCUAAGACAUCCACCCCUGCUAAGCGUUCCCUGCUGCCCUCAAACAAAUCCAAGUCCGCUGGAGCUGAAACAGCCACUCAGUCCCCUGCCAGUACUAAAGAACCUUCAAAGAAAGAACCUGCUAAAAAGACAAUGCAGUCCAGAAAGAUCCCGAUCAAUUCUACACGAACUAGCCAGAAGCCCAAGUAAAGUCAUGUGGAGGGCCUGAUAACAAUCUCUCUAGUGCAGCUCUUAGGUGUUUGAACCAUCAAACUAAACCUGUUGUUUGAGAAACAUCUUCAAAGCACCAGUAGCUUUUCAUUGGUUAAUGAAUACCAGCUGCCAUAUUGGACAAUUACUGUCCACUUUGUUAAAUAGUUAUGUAGGAAUGGAUUUAAAUAAAGCACUUUGUAUGGAUUGCAUUGAUUUUGAAGAAUAUUACGUUGUAGUGUAAAAAGUUAUGGACCACACAUGUAUUGAAAUUUUUGCCUGGUUCUGUCUGUAGCAUACAGCCCAUACAUGCCCGAGGUACGUCUUGGUAGGAUGUAAAAAUAAAAGUGUGGUUUUGCAGCAGAGGGAAAAUGUGGUAGGGUGGAGGAAAGAAACUUUUUGAGAUACAUCACAUCAAACAUGGACUACGCAGUCACCAAAGGAAGUUUACUGUCAAUUUUUAACAUUCUGAAGCAGUGGACCUCUCAGUUAUUUCCAAAAAUCUCUAUGUACAGCUCUCUUUAAAUAUUGGGAGCCAUAUGUCAACAAACAUCAGUGCCUCAGAUAAUCAUAGUUAUGUAUUUAAGUAUACUCUAAAUUGUAUAAUUCCAGGUGUUGGUACAUUUAUAAGUCAAUUUUAAUAUUUAUUAAGCACUGAAAAUGUUGUUUCAAGUAACACACAAUUAAUCCUAUUUAACCAAACUUGCUGUUUACAUACUGUAUGCUUCUUGGUAUAGUUAUUGUGCAAAAGCCUUUAAAACAGCAUUUAUGUGCAGCCCAAAUCAGACUUGUAUUCCAGACUGUCAACAUGAGGCCUAGAAGAAGCACGGGAAUAAAGCAUGCGUCACUAGUGUUAAACGUCUGGAGACCAUGGUUCUAAAUGGAUCUUAAAUGGUUAUAUUGAUUUUACAGUAAUAACAUAUAGAGUUAGUGGGGAACCUCUCACUCAAGACUGCCAGACACCUCAAAACAUUCCUCUCAGAUGAACACAGGGUUUAUGUAAAAAGCCACUACGCACACAACCAAGAUAAUCAAAGACAAUUCCCUGGGAUGUCUUUGUUGAACACCAUACAUGUACAUAGAGCAUUAUGGUGUGUUUGACCAUCAGACCAUCCUUCUCAGUCUUUAUUUGUGGCAUCGCAGCUUGUGCACAUCUUUAGCUUAUGGGUUACUGAGGAGAUCCGCGGUGAAUGCACUGACGUAGACUGAGGAAAGUGAUCGCCAUUCAUGAAUUGUAUGACAGCAAUUGUUGCAUGAUAAAUUGCUUAUGCAUGCACUCAACUAUGCAAGCAAAUCCUUGCUAAUGCCCACACUGAGUAUGUAAAACUGCUACUCUUGGAUGUGUAUAUAUUUCUAACUGUAUAUUUUUCCAAAUGCCAGCAUCAGAGAGCAUGUUUAGGCAUUCUUUAUUAAUGCUUUGAUUGCACAUUUCUUCAAAGUAAUAUACAUUUUGUAUGAAUGAUAGGUAUUGCUCAUUCACCCUCUCAAAGUAAACCAAUUCACUUGCAAAUUAAUGUUUUCUGUAUUUUAUUCAUUUGACUCAUGGUUGAUCGCAAACACAUGAGCACAUCUGUUUUAGGUUUUUAUACAACUUAAACAAACCACUGGAGUACAGUUUACAAGGUGAUCUGUGAACUUAUUUAAUCCAGUUAUAUAUUUUGAGGUUUAAUUGGGAAACAACAUGUUUUUCCAGUUCUAUCUUGAGAGCUAGGAAAUUAAAAUAGCAUAGGUCUGAAGACAGUAUAGGACGACAUCACAGGCUUAUUCUCUGGGUUUAAAUACAAACUCCCUGAUGUUUUAGGCUGGGAACAUGGGACACAACAAACAAUGUUGAACUUAGACACACCUUUAUAACCACACUGCCUUCUUCUGUUUUUCUACAGUUAAAAAAAUGUUGAUAUACAGUAUAUUCUCUAAAGUUUGAUUCUCUGUUGAUUUUAAUACAUGUAUGAAUUAAUGCAUGACCCUGUAAAUGUACAACAAAAAUCUUGCCAAUAAUGACCCACAUGACCUCAUUUUUAAAUAUCGAAGAUUACACCCUGAGUUUCAGCAAGUCCUGCUUUUCGACUAGUUGUCUAGUAUUAAGCAGCUCCAUUAAAUAUAAAUGAAUUAUGGCCAGUUACUGUGGCAUCGUGAUAGAAAAAUGAAAGAGUUACUCUAUGACCAUAUCUCUCAAAUUCAUGUAUGAGUAUACCCCCACAGACAGAUCACAUACCUUCUUUAAAAUCACGGGCACACUGUGCAUGACAAAGCAGGGUAUUUUACUUUGUAUCGAUGCCUGGUGGCUACAAUGUGGUGAUAUUGUUGUAUUACACCCAAGACAUCUUAUAAUUUUUGUCACAUUGUCUCUUCCAGCUUGUUAAUAGAUGCCUGUACUUCAUAUCUGUAUGCAGACUGAGACUUCUAUAAGUUUGUCUUUCAAAGUGUUACAUCAAAGGCAAAACACUGCAUUUUCUCUGUAAUAUUCCAUAGUUUUAAGUGACCAUAGAAAAGCUUUGAAGUCAAACCGCAAUAUUGAUCUUGAGAAAAGGAUGUAUAGAGUGAGAUGCAAAGAGGAAUUAUUUAUUUUUCACAAAUGCAUGAGAAAGGUUAUUCCAUUUUAUUUUUCCAUUUCUAUGCUGUGAUAUUAUGUAAUUUUAAUGAUUCUGCUCUGACCUUUACAGAAUUCACUUUGAUCAGUUUCUCUCAGUCUCGGUCAGUUUGA